UGUGUUACCUCCUGUGGAGCGGCUACAGUUGGAGUGGACUGUGUUACCUCCUGUGGAGCAGACUACAGUUGGAGUGGACUGUGUUACCGCCUGUGGAGCAGACUACAGUUGGAGUGGACUGUGUUACGUCCUGUAUAUCUAUGGCGUUAGCCGUGUGGUCUGAGCGGGUCCUGGAGCUGCUGCUGAAAAUGAACAACAUGCAGCAUGCAGGUUGUCUCCCAUUCUGCGUCCAGGGACAGCGGGUCGGCUGGGUGACGCAGCCAGUGGCACAGGUUCUCCUGCAGAGUUCUGACAUUUUCACAUUAUAUAAAGAGGACUCCGGAGCCCGGCUGGAGCUGAGUGAUCGGCUGCGCACCCCCCAUGAGCGGACGCGGGCCGUGCAGGAGGUGAUGGAGGGGCUCAGAGGUCGGGGAGCCUUCCCCUGUCUCCAGGAAUGGAGGGACGAGCUGUACGAUGUGAAGACUUUCUUCUCGGAUCCUCCUCUUCUCAGCAUGGAGCGAGCAGCCACACCUCUCCUCGGGGUCUCCCGUUGUGGCGUCCAUGUGAACGGCUUUCUACGCAGAGGUGCCAACAUUUUUAUGUGGAUUGCACGACGUUCGUUAACCAAACCCAACUACCCUGGAAAGCUGGACCAUUUGGCGGCCGGAGGAAUCGCUGCAGGGUCCGGCGUGUGGGAGACCCUCCUAAAGGAGUGUACAGAAGAGGCGUGUAUCCCCGAAUCCCUUGCAUCCAAAGCCAGACCAGCCGGGACUGUAAGCUAUGCCUAUGAGAAGAAGGAUGCCCUGUACCUGGAGCGCCAGUUUGUCUUUGACCUGGAGGUUCCUGAGUCCUUCCAGCCUCAUGUGGGGGACGGAGAGGUACAGGAGUUUUAUCUGUGGCCCCUGGACAAGGUGAGAGAUGCUAUCGCCACCCAGGAGUUUAAACCCAACUGUGCUUUGGUCGUACUGGAUUUCCUCAUCCGGAAUGGGCACAUUCAGCCAGACGACGAAAAGUUUUACACCAAGUUUGUGGAAAAUCUGCACAGACCGCUGUGAUGUCACAGGAGAGCGCCAUAAUCCGAUGCCGUGAUGUCACAUGACUGACCUGCAAUCUGAUGCCGUGAUGUCACAUGACUGACCUGCAAUCUGAUGCCGUGAUGUCACAUGACGGACCUGCAAUCUGAUGCCGUGAUGUCACAUGACGGACCUGCAAUCUGAUGCCGUGAUGUCACAUGACUGACCUGCAAUCUGAUGCCGUGAUGUCACAUGACUGACCUACAAUCUGAUGCCGUGAUGUCACAUGACUGACCUACAAUCUGAUGCCGUGAUGUCACAUGACUUGAAUAUGACUUGAAUAGUGCUCUUAAAUAGUUCAAUUUACUUAUCCCAAAAAUAAGCCCUCAUAUGGUUAUAUGAAUGGAAAAUUUAAAAAAGUUAUGGCUUUUGGAACCUUACGAUUAAAAAAUGAAAAUUGGCCCCGUACUAUAUACUCCGAAAACAAUACAAACAAUGAAGAACUUUCAAAAAGGGACUGAGAAUAAAUAUAAAAAUGUCUACAUUAAAA